CCUAGACAGGCCCUAGUACCACUAUCAGUAUGGUGCCAUACCCGUUAUCGCAGCGAUACUGCACAAAAUCGGGCGUGGCAGCAAGACUAGAAUGCAUGACGGCCUCAUUAAUCCUGUCAAUCUGCACUGAAUUAAGUGGAGAUUUACUUACAGAUUAGACUACCAGGGUCAUGCUAUUUAGCGUCAACAAGCGUCAACUAACGUCAACGAGCCUCAACAAAAUAUUCAAGCAUUUUUAUGCAAAUAUUUUACAUUUACAAUAUCAGUAAGGCUCCUAAAUAUCAUUUAGUGGUUCACGUUAUCGAAAAUGAUAUUUGAGUGUGGAAAUUUGAGAGACAAUUCGGGCCUGCUAGUGCAGCCUGACCAGCCGCCAUAUUGUUUUCGCCUGGACGUACGCGGUGUAGUAAAGAAAGAUGGCGGCCUCCAUACAUCGUGAAAAAGUUUUGUUUUUCUGCGUGAAUCUGGAGGCGAAUUCGAUGUCUCUCUUACACAGUGGCAGGUCUUAGAGUCUUUAAAUUAUGAUAAAACCACUUUUAAAUCUUUAUAGGGUACUUUCGAGUUGUUGGGGCUUUGUUGACGCUAGUUGUAUGUAUUGACGCUUGUUGACACUAAAUAGCAUGACCGCUACCGGGGUGAAGUGCUGAAGGUUCUGAAGGCCUGUCAUGGGAUCGCACAUGUGAUCAGUGCACGACUAAGAACAAGAUGACUUGUAGAAAUGAACGGUGGUGGAGAGCUCCGGCUGCCUUACUUGGUGGAAUUCUUGUGCACGUUACACUGGGAACCAUAUACACAUUCGGAAAUAUGUCACCUUAUUUCACAUCCUACAUCCGUGAAUUCAGUCAGCCACAAAGUCUUCGUUACAAGGAGGCUAGCUUGAUCUUCGCCCUGAUGUUAGUUGGUCAGGGACUGAGCAUGUGGAUUGGUGGAUAUCUUGAACGAAAGCUUGGUGUACGUGUUGCAGUAUUGAUUGGUGGAUGGACCAUGAGCCUUGGCGUACUACUGUCUUUCUUCACCAUAAAGCAUUCAUUUACACUCAUGGCUCUAACGUAUGGUGUACUUCAGGGCAUUGGUAUCGGCAUCGCAUAUGCUCCACCGCUUGUAUGUGCAAUGAAUUGGAUGCCUAAACGGAAAGGUUUGGUCAAUGGUCUUGUUGUGGCUGGAUUUGGGGGUGGUGCUUUCUUCUUUGACCAAAUCCAGACAGCUUUUAUCAAUCCUCAAAACUUGGAUGCAAAUGUGUCCUUGCCAAAUUACCCAGAUGAGAAAUACUUUCAGGAACACUCGUUAUUGCAAAGAGUGCCUACUAGCUUUCUUCUCUGUGGUGGAUGUUAUGCUUUAUUGCAGCUUAUUGGAUGUUUGUUGAUGUCUGGUCCACCUGACUCAAAUAAUCUUAAGUCCCAAGACCAGAAAUGUUUGAUUAGUAAACCAGAACAUCAAAAUCUCAACUCUGCCAGUGCUGCAUCAGAUACAUGUAGCAGUGAUGGUGAAGACAGCAGUCAUGAUAUACCUCCUAAGCCCACAGCUACUCUUCUGGAAUUAGAUGACAAAAGCUCAGGCCUUAAUUUGACAACUAAGGAGAUUGUCAAGACACGUGCAUUUUGGACCUUGUGGGCAACAUUCUUAGCAAAUGGACAAACUAUUGUUUUCAUUUCAACCCUGUACAAGGCAUAUGGACUGAGCUUCAUCUCUGAUGACAGGCUUCUAUCUUUAGUGGGUUCAGUUAGUGCUAUCUUCAAUGCAUCAGGAAGGCUAUUUUGGGGAUAUAUUGCAGAUGUCUACUCGUAUCAGGUUGCCAUGACAUCACUGUGUUGUUGUAUGUCGGCACUGAUGCUGAGCUUCAUAGCAACACCGCAAGGAGGUGAAGUGAUGUUCUUCAUCUGGAUAUGUUUCAUCUUCUUCACUUUCUCUGGCAAUUUCUCCCUGUUUCCCACUGUUACUGCCAGAUCAUUCGGUGUUAACUAUGUUGGCACAAACUAUGGUCUGUUGUUCACAUCUCAAGCCAUUACUGGUCCAGUGGGUGUGUUGCUGUCAAGUACAUUGAGUGAUAUUAUUGGUUGGUUUGGCAUGUUUACAAUGAUUGCUGCCUUCGCCUUUUUUGGUGCAAUUCUCACUGUGACCUUCAAUAUGAAGAGAUUGAAUGGCAGUGCUAUUUAAAGCAAUGGGGAAAAAAGAGGAGGGAAAAAAGCCGCGUCACCGCACCACUUUUGGACCAAGCCCGUGACCAGAAAUCGGAGUCUUUUUUUGGCCUAAUGCCACAAGGCCAAAGGACAAUGUGGUAUGUACCACACAGACUCUGUAUCAUAUAAUAUACAAAACUGCAUAUGUCCUUUUCAUUUGAUUGGUGGAUUGUUGAUCAUGUGUCAUUGAAAUAUUCAUUCUGUUCAAUGGCACUGUAAUAGACCGUUAAUAUAGCCACUAAAAUAGCCUCAGCCGCCGGCAAAUCCAGAGAGCCACUGGUGGAGGGCCUCUGGUGGACCGCCCUGACCCGCUUCUUUUGUAAUUGUAUAACAUUUUGUGCACACCAGAAUUUGGUUUCUAUUUCGGGAUGCUUGUGGUUUUGGCGGGUGGGGGAAGGGUUUGGCAAAGUUCCCGGGCGGGAAUUGUUUAACAUUGUUAUACAUUCUUUUGGAUGAGAGUCGUAAUGGCGUAGUUGUGGUUCUGACGGUAGUGCAGAAAGCUGUAAGCCAGAUUUUCAGUGGAUUAACUUGAGGUUUUGUCGUUGUAAAUCCUGUGAGUUAUGUUCUCUUUUUGGUGUUCCUGAUUUUUGGUGUAAUACAGGGUGUGUCAGAAAAAAGUAGACUCUCAGAAAAAAAACCCAUAAAGAUAACAUAGGGACAAGUUUUAAAAAUCGGGUUUUAUCUGUUGGUGAAGGGUGUAGUUCUGCUUUGAUUGAUGCCAGGUUUGUGGUUCACAUUUCACACUUCAAUGAACAGUGGAAGUAUGAAUUUUGAAAAUAAAAGUCUGUUGCACAUGGAUGUGUCAGGGUUAAAAUGAGAUCCGUCAGGUUGAAUGAAAAAUUAUAAAGGAGUUCUACUGUUCAUUGAAGAAAAGCAGAACUACACCCUUCACCAACAGGUACAACCAGAUUUUUGAAACUUGGUCCUCUCAUAUUUUGAUGGUAAAUUUUCCGCUGAGAGUCUGCUUUUUUCAGACACACCCUGUAUUACUAUCCAGUUUUUAUUAAUACGCCCUGAAUAGGGAUGGGAACCAGUGUAACACUUCACGAAACUACCUGUGGGUGGUGCUUCAGACACCAAUAUGUUUCACGAAAUGGCGGACUUUAAUAUGCAAGAACCUUUUGUUCUAACCGAAGAUGAAAGGGUCAUGAGGCUUUAUGCAGUUAUUGUAUAAAACAAAUAAUGAAUGUUUCAAAUUUGUGCAGUGGUAAGAAUAAUUUCAUUCAGUGACAGGUAAAAAGUUCUAUUCCAUUCGGCUUCGCCUCGUAAUGUAGCACAUUUUGCCCGUCAACUCAUGAAAUUAUCUGUACCAUUGUGCUCAAACACAUUAUUUGUAUAAUGUAACAUAAAAGACCUGCAUGGAAGGACUCCAACUGGAAGGGUGUAUACAAUGAGAAAGUUCCUGAAGAAGCUCAUGGCCUGGUCAACUUAAAUUGGAGGGGGGGAAGAA